AUGGCCCAAGCGUCCGCGUGGUACGAUGCAUAUCCGAAACCGCGAACCCAGUCGCCCGCAACACUUAGCCGACAAGAAUUGUUGCAAUGGCUCCAGGAUGGUAAAAAGCCAGGGGCAGACUUUCUUCUGGUUGACCUGCGCAGGACGGAUCACGAGGGUGGAACGAUCAAAGGUUCCAUCAACCUUCCCGCCCAGAGCCUCUACCAUAGCCUGCCAACUCUGUUGACUCUAUGUCAAAAUGCUGGCGUGCGGACCGUAAUCUGGUACUGCGGGUCGUCUAGGGGCCGCGGGACGCGUGCUGCCGGAUGGUUUCAAGACCUGAUUGAGGAUAAACAGGUCCCUAAUAUUACAAGUGCAAUUCUGGCCGAUGGGAUUACAGGCUGGGCUCGAGCUGGCGAAGAGUAUACAAGCCUCAUGGAGCAAUACCAUCCGGAGCAUUGGUUGAAGGAGAAGUAG